AUGAAUAAUGGUGGCAGAAGAUGGCAAACUCGCAAUUUGCACUGUGUAUUUAUAGUGGAAGGAAUUAUUUUGCUACGCGCUCACCAAAUUUUGAGUCUGACCGGUAUAAGUUUCCAGCGAAAAAGUAUCAUUGGUUUUGUAGAACUGACAAUUGUCCCGCUGAAAGAUAGUUUAAGGAUAAUCAAAUUAAAUGCUCGGCAAUGUAGAAUUUACCGUGUGUGCCUGAACGACACAUUUGAAGCUCCAUUUCAGUACUUUGACCCAUUUUUGGAUAUUUGUCAAGGCGAUGGCAAACAGAGAUCGUUGGAGUUUUUCUCAAAUAUGCAUCUGGCAGCAGCGCAGAGAGUUGACCCGGACAACAACAACGGCGAGCUUGUCAUCCAGGUACCUCCUGAAGCAGCCCACCUAAUAGCGGAAGGACGUAAUUUAAGAAUAGGAAUUGAAUUUUCCUUGGAACAACCCGAGGGUGGAGUCCACUUCGUUCUUCCUGAUUGUGAAGGGACAUUAGCUGAGAGAGGCGCGCAUAUGUACACAUAUAGCUAUGAAAAUUCGUCGAGACUGUGGUUUCCAUGCGUGGAUAGUUUUGCCGAGCCAUGUACGUGGAAAUUGGAGUUCACGGUUGAUGAUUCUAUGACAGCAGUGUCUUGCGGUGAUUUGGUGGAAAUUGUUUAUACACCGGAUAUGCGAAGGAAGACUUUUCAUUACGUUCUUAAUACUCCGGCCUGUGCUCCUAAUAUUGCACUUGCUGUUGGACCAUUUGAAAUCUACGUUGACCCAAACAUGCAUGAAGUAACCCACUUCUGUCUCCCGCAUCUUCUGCCAUCACUAAAAGUCUCCGCAAAGUACAUGCACGAAGCAUUUGAGUUCUACGAAGAAACGCUGUCAAACAGAUACCCGUACUCUUGUUACAAACAAGUCUUUGUCGAUGAAAUCGAUGAAGAUAUAAACGCCUAUGCAACGAUGAGUAUUUUAAACACAAACCUCUUGCAUUCCACUGCGAUAAUCGAUCAAGUUUAUGUAACUAAAAAAGCUAUGGCUCAAGCAAUAGCUGAGCAAUUCUUCGGUUGUUUCAUUUCCAUGCAGAACUGGUCAGACCUUUGGCUACCAAAAGGCAUCUCGACAUACCUGACAGGAUUGUACGCUAAAAAAUGCUUCGGAAACAACGAGUAUCGGGAUUGGAUCCACUCAGAGCUUCAGGAAGUCGUAAAAUACGAAGAACAGUUUGGGGGAAUAAUUCUAGACCCGUCUCAGCCUCCAGCGCCACUUCCUAUUUCUACAAAUACUCCAGCUCCUACUCCAAGAGUUCCUGACCCCGGGUUCUACUUUCCAAUUCGUAAUUUACACACAAUGUCACCAAAGUACAUUGAGAUGCUAAGAAAGAAGGCUCAUCUCGUGAUUCGGAUGUUAGAGAACCGAAUUGGACAGGAAUUACUCCUACAGGUGUUUAACAAACAAUUAUCAUUAGCAGCGAACGGAGCUCAGCAGAAAAUCGAGUCCGGUCUCUGGCCGCAGAUGUUGAUCAGCACCAACGUCUUUACCAAGGCAAUUUUCACAGUCACUGGCAAGGACAUGGCUGUGUUCAUCGACCAGUGGGUGAGAACUGGCGGACACGCCAAGUUUAGCCUAAGUUUUGUCUUCAAUCGCAAGCGAAACACGGUUGAACUUGAAAUCCGACAGGAUACGACUAACCAGCGAGGCAUCAGAAAGUACGUUGGCCCAUUAUUGGUCAAUAUUCAGGAACUGGAUGGACCUUUUAAGCACACACUUCAAAUUGAGGGGACUGUUGCGAAAGCUGAUAUAACCUGUCACAGCAAAAGUCGUCGAAAUAAGAAGAAAAAAAUUCCUCUUUGCACUGGAGAAGAAGUUGAUAUGGAUUUGUCGGCUAUGGAUGACUCUCCAGUGCUCUGGAUUCGUCUGGACCCGGAUAUUACUUUGAUGAGAGCGGUUCAUAUAGAACAACCUGAUUAUCAGUGGCAGUACCAGCUGAGGCACGAGCGAGAUGUCACUGCUCAAGUUGAAGCUAUCGAAGCACUGCAAAAUCAUCCGACUCCUGCUACAAGAUUAGCGUUGACUGACACGAUUGAAAACGAGCAUUGUUACUACAAGAUCCGACUACGUGCAGCUCAUUGUCUCACCAAGGUCGCCAACGCAAUGGUAGGAACUUGGGCAGGACCUCCAGCAAUGCUCGCGAUCUUCCGGAAGCUUUACGGCUCGGCAUCUUGUCGGCGGAUAAUCAAACAAAACAACUUUACAAACUUCCAGCACUACUUCCUCCAGAAAACAAUUCCUGUAGCCAUGGCUGGUCUUCGAAACAUUCACGGAAUCUGUCCUCCAGAAGUCCUGGCGUUUCUCAUGGACUUAUUUAAGUACAAUGACAACAGUAAAAAUCGCUACUCGGACAAUUAUUACAGAGCAGCAUUGAUAGAGGCUCUUGGCGCGACGGUGAAUCCGGUGAUGAGUGUCCAACAAGGAGCUUCCAUCACUUCUGAGUCGUUAUCCGUCGACACAAAGGCAAUCCUCGAGGAAGUGACGAGACAUUUGAACCUAGAAAAAUUAUUACCGUGCUACAAGUACACCGUCACCGUCUCAUGCCUAAAAGUGAUAAGGAUUCUUCAGAAGUUCGGACAUUUACCGAGUAACCCACUUCUAUUCAAAGCUUAUGCAUCCUACGGGCAAUUUAUCGACGUGAGAAUUGCUGCUUUGGAGGCUUUGGUAGACUUUACGAGAGUCGACGGCAAGUGGAAGGACCUGGAGUUCCUUUUAGACAUGGCUGAGAUGGAUCCGCAUCCAGGAGUGAGGCACAGACUGGUGAGGUUGAUGGUACAGACUCCACCUUUUGACAAGUCUGUGAAACACCCGCUAGAUCGUCCAGAACUCGUUGAUAGGAUCUGGAAUCUUAUCAACGGAAUGCUGUCACAGGACUCUAAGCUUCGAUGUGAUUUCGUAGAUCUCUAUUAUACUUUGUAUCGAUCCAAGCGACCUCUUUGUCUGCCAAUUCCGGAACUCGCCGGACUGCUGAAGCCCAAAAAAGUUGAACCUGAGAAUGACGAGUCCAGGAUUGUUAAAACACCAGCUGUUAAACCGAUGCAGGAAAUUGUUGAACUGGAUCCUCCGAGUGUGAUUCCGUCUAUUAAAAGAAAGUCAUCACCGGCAAAAGAAACCGCCUUGGGAAUUUCUGCUCCAGAAAAUGUACCUGAACCCAAACGCGCUAAAAUCACUGAAGUUUCCGAAGACGGGAAAGUCAAGUCUCAGUAUUAUAGUGAUAACUCAGCAUCUCUUCCUGGUUUAACGGGUGCUCCCCCAGCUGGACCUGUCGGUUUCGAGCCGGGGAUGUUCAAGAAAGACUCCGACGAUCAUAAGACUAAAGGCGAAUCAAACAAGCAUAAGCAUAAGCAUGAUCACAAGCAUGGAAAGGACAAAGAUAAGAAAGACAAAGAUAAGAAGAAAGAAGAUAAAGGCAAGGACAAGGACAAAGAAAAAGACAACAAAGAUAAGGAAAAAGAAAAUGAUUUAAAAUUGAAGGAAGAAACGCUUUCAUCUAACAGCUCCAGUCCUAGUCCUGAGCCUACUAACAAUACGGAAUUUAUUUAUCCCCAUAGCUAUGGCAAUCUUAUCACGGAAGACAAAUUAGAUUCAAAUUCAUUGCUAGAAAAAAAACCUGUUAUUACUGAUAUUAAUGAUAAAUGGUUGGUUAAUUUUGUGAGUAAUAUUGAUAAUAAGUACGUGAGUUGUCAAGUUAUACCAAUAGACCGGCAAGUUUUUAUCGGAGAUGCAGAGUGUAUUUAUCACGCUGCGAAAGAAGAUCAUUGGUCUAUUACUAUAGACUUCUAUCACAGAUCAUUGAGAUUCGCGGACAUGGCGUCUGUUCAAGAUAAAAACAUUUUUUACAACGCGAAUUUGACAAGUGAAUACCAUCCGAAAAAGCGUAAAAUUGCGAUAAUGUUUGCUGAUCAACCGGUACUUUCUGAUAAAAAAAAACAUUUGAUAAAAGGUAUUGCGCAAAUGGCUUACCAAGAAGUUUUCGGUUAUAAUGAAGCAAAUCAAAUGAAGAAACUAGCUUCCAACGUUUCUGAUACGAAUCUUUCAAAGUGCUAUAUGCCCUUAUUUAAUGGCAAACGAGUAGUAGUUGGAGUUUUUGACUUAUUUAAAACACGUUUGAAGAUGGUGUACUCAUUAACGGAUGAAACUUUUCCUCAAUAUCACAACAUAUUGAACUUCAUGUUUUGUCACGUAUAUAGCAGCAAAGAAAAAGUUGUGCUUGUAGGAAUUUUAUCCAAGCCAGAUAAACCGAGUAUCAGUCCGCCUGAUCGAUCAGUCCUGGCAGAAUUUGAAAAUAUUGAAGAUCUUGGUCAAAUUUACAAAAAAAAAAAGCGCGAAUGGUUUGCUGCCAAUCCUAACCAUGAAUUUGAUUCGAAUGAAUCGGUAAAAUUAAAACCGGUGAUAAUUAAUUAUCAUGACAAAUGGUUGGUUAACUUUGUGCGUACUAUUGAUAAUAAAUACGAGAGUUGUCAAGCUAUGCCGAUAAGACGGCGAGUUUUUAUCGCGGAUGCAGAGUGUAUUAAUCGUGCUGCAAAUAUAGAUCAUUGGUCAAUCACCAUAGACUUCUAUCACGGCUCGAUGAGAUUUUCGAAUAUGGCUUAUGUACAAGACAAAAACAUUUUUUACAACGCGAAUUUGACAAGUGAAUACGAUCCGGAAAAUCGUAAAAUUGCAAUAUUGAUUACCGAUCAACGGGUGCUUUCGGACGAUAAUAAAGCUUUGUUGAUGGGUAUUGCGCAAAUGGCUUAUCAAGAAGAUUACACUAUUCCUCAAUAUGACAACCUGUUGAACUAUCUGUUUUGUCACAUAAAGAGCAACAAAGAGAAAGUGGUACUCGUUGGAGUUUUAUCUGAAUCAAAGAAACCGAAAAUCAAUAUUCAUGAAGGAAUACUCUCCUUAGAGUUCGAAAAUAUCGACGAUUUUGAUAUAAUUAUCCAAAGAAAAUUACGCGACCAAAGCUAUGGCAAUCUUAUCACAGUAGAAAAAUUUGAUUCAAAUUCAUUGCUGGGAAGAAAACCUGUGAUAACUGAUAUUUAUGAUAAAUGGUGGUUGGUUAAUUUUGUGCGUACUAUUGAUAAUAAGUAUGAGAGUUGUCAAGUUAUGCCAAUAAGGCGCGCUGCGAAAGAAGAUCAUUGGUCUAUUACCAUAGACUUCUAUCAGGGAUGA